GCUCAUAAAAGCCUCAGUGUUGUUGUAAAAGCCAACAUUGUUGUCACGCCUGUUCACCGGUGGGGAAACUGAGGCUCGGCACAGUGAGCCUCAGGGUCCCCCCACGGGGGUCCCAGGCCCAUCUUUUCCCUGUGCCCCCUGCCACGCCUGGCCCCGAGCCCCAGGCGGCGUGAUCCCGGCGUGGCUGGGCCGGACGUUCGCCUGAUGCAACCGUCGCGCCACCGCGGGGCCUUGCACAACGCGGGCGCCCAGCUGGCCGGUUAACGAUUGACCGGGGCCAGUGGGCGGGCGGGACCAUAAAAGGCAGCGGCGGCGGCACCGCGCUACGCACCAUGCCACUGCUUGCUCUGUGCCUGCUGUGGGCCCUGGCGCCGGUGGCCCGGCCUGCCCCCGCGGCCCCGGAGGGCAGCCUGGAGCCCGCAGAGCACGAGGAGCUGACCCUCCUCUUCCACGGGACCCUGCAGCUGAGCCAGGCCCUCAAUGGCGUGUACAGGGCCACGGAGGCACGGCUGACGGAGGCCGGGCGCAACCUGGGCCUCUAUGGCUACACACUGGGACUCCUCGGGCAGGACAUCAGCCGGGGCCGGGAUGCAGCCCAGGAACUGCGAGCAAGCCUGUUGCAGACACAGGCGGAAGAGGAAAUCCUACAGCUGCACGCAGAGGCCACGGCCCAGGUGUUGGGGGAGGUGGCCCAGGAACAGCAGCUGCUGUGGGACAAUGUGCGGCAGCUAGAAGUGCAGCUGAGGGGUGCCGGGCUGGGCCGUGCCCGUCAAGAAUUUGAGGCCUUAAAGGCUCACGCUGACAAGCAGAGCCACGUGGUGUGGGCCCUAACGGGCCACGUGCAGCGGCAGAGGCGGGAGAUGGCAGCGCAGCAGCACCGGCUGCGGAAGAUCCAGGAGAGACUCCACACGGCGGCGCUGCCGGCUUGACCCUGCCUGCACGGAACUCAGGACCAGUCACGCAAGGGACACUUCCACGCCCCAAGAGGCCCCGCGCCGAGAGGAGCUGCCUGUCCCCGGGGACGGCGGGGGUGGCCCCGCUUCCAGGCUUCCAGGCACGGAGCAGAGGCAGAAGCAGGCGGGCGGAGGCGGCCGGCGGGCCCGCUGGGGCGGCGUGGAGCAAGGACGGAGGCCACGAGCCCCUUCACGCCCUCCGAUAAUUAAACCAGAGCAGUGAGUCGCA